AUGCAGCGCGUUUCUGCUUUCCUGCCCUCGUGGGAGAAGAGAAACUCUGGCGGUUCCAGGAGUGGCAGCGUGUUUGGCUGGCCCAACAGGUCGUCACAGCCUCCGCCCCCCAAUGGCCUGUCCAAGAUCAACACCGACGCCGCCAAUAUGCAGGUCAAGCGGGUUCAGCGGGAAGCUUUUUGGCCCGCGACGCUCGACCUUGAGAGCGACAAAGCAGCUCGCAUCCUCAAAUCCUUUUGCGUGGACGGCUACUUCGCCCCUAUCGACGACGUACCGGUGUCUCCGUCUUCCACCUCGACGGGCGUCAGGACCCUGGAUCAAGUUCCCAAGAAGAUACCAAAGCGAAUAAUACAGAAUGCAGCCGCCAUUGCCGUCUUUACGUGUAUGCGCAGUGGCUUGUGGAUGACCGGCUCGGGUGGCUCAGGUAUCCUGAUUGCUAGAAAGUCGGACGGCACUUGGUCUCCGCCUUCAGGCAUCAUGCUUCACACUCCAACCCUUAGCUUCAUCAUUGGAGUCGACGUCUACGACUGCGUCCUUGUCAUUACCAGUCUUUCUGCGCUUGAAUCUGUCUCCAGACCGCGAGUGACGCUUGGCGAGGAUGUCGAGCUUCGGACAGGAGAGACCGUCUCAAUUGGCUCUGAUGAGGCUGAUGUCAAUUGGAGAGACCUGGGCAACACCGUGCUGACAUACAUGAAAGCCCGAGGCCAGCAGCAAUCAGUCAACCUAUACGGGUGCAUGCUGUCCGAGCGCAGCAACGAAAACGACCGCUUCUACGGCUCCACUGACAUCACUCAUAUGGACAUCCUUGCUGGAAAUGUCGCUCGAGGUGUCGAAGAGACUACUUCUUUGAACGAAGUUCUCAAAAUGGCCGAGGGAAGAACUGACUACGACAACGCUGUCAUCACCAGGGUUUCUGCGGAGCCUGCGCCGAGUGACGCUUUGAUCACUACAAGUCCUCCCAAAUCGGCGGAUGAUCCGGACCCCUUUGGAGUCCUGGCGCUGGAAAUGGCGGGCCUUGAGAUCCGUGAGGCCGGCUCUCGUAUUCGACCGACAAGUAGCUUGUUCGACAUGAACCAGGCUCCCAUGAGCCCAACUGUUGCAUCCAAGUUUAGCCGGCAGAGCAUGGACACCUUUGUGACAGAUGCCGGCACCCAGACUGACGUGGGCAACACACCGGCAACAUCUCCUAGCCCGGGCCCUAGCGACAGCAACGGCCGGGCUUCCCCAGCUUAUAUCGAGUCUGUAAAGGAAGAGGAGGAGGAAGAUGACGAAGCAGAGAGGGCAAGAAAGGAGGAAGAAGACGACGAAGACGAGGACGAAGACGAGGAGGAGGAGGAGGAGCCGGUGUUGGCAAAGGCAGUCGCCCACAGGCUCUCCAAAGACGUGUCCGCCGGUGUCGACUCUGCGGACGAAGCAGAGCUAAGCGAUGAUGAUGCCAUUUCCCUCUCAGAAAGCCUUCGCCGUGAAGAGGAUGAGAUGAGCCACGACGAAUCAAGCGAAGAAGAAGGGCUCUAUGAGCAUGAGGAAGAUGAUAGCGAUGACGACAUGCAUGAUGCAAAUGAGGACGAUGACAUUGAAGAAGAAGAACCCGUGGUCUUUGAGGUCGCCGCAGUGCAGCGAACUAGCACGCAGGCCCUCUCCUCUCGCAUGAUCCAAGCUCGGGGCAACGUUGUGACGAUCGCCAAGAGAGUGCCCCCACCUCUGCCAACACGCAGCCCUGCCAGGAUGUCCCACAUUGCCAACAAGGACGCUACUGGCGAGGAGCUAAAUCUGCAGAGCCCCCUGAGCCAGACAUUCAGCAGCGAUGGCGAUAUGGACGGCCAAGAAGCCGAUGCCGACAAGAUCGACGCCGUGGCAGCGACGGAGCAGACAGAGCAAGAGGCUGAGCACUCCGAAAGCGAUGAGAGCGAUGCCGCGGAAGAGCCCCAGCACAAAGCCCCGGCUUCAGAGGGGAACGUUCCCAGCUCCGACGAGUCUAGUGCCGAUGAGUCCGACUUGGAGGAGCGCAAGCAAGACGAUGUUCUGUUGAACGAACCCCACAACGAACAGAUUGACAACUCAGAUGCGGCAUCAAGCAAGAAGAAGCACACCUCAUCCAUCUACACUGGCGUGACCGAGGACCGUUGGAGCGACAACGGAUCCUCAGUCACCACACCCACCUCUGAGCAGAGAUUCUCUCUGAUGAUGGAGGAGAAGAUUGUUGAUGAGACCCCCAAGAAAACGAUUCAAGAAGCAAAGGAAGUUGAUGAUUCUCCCUCUGCGCCCACCGAAACUGCCCACAGCCCGGCUGUGACGGUAGCCAACUAA